AUGGCUACUACUACCUCCUCCGUCACCAUCAACGUAAGCUCUCGUCUCAUCCCAAGUAUUGCAAUACCAAUAACUAACAGCAAGCGCAAAAAAACAAAGUUCUAUGGCGAACUCCGCCAGCUCUGGGUCGAGAUAAACUCCCACUGCGAGAGACUCCAUCUCCUCGAUUCAACCACCCGCGUUCUAUCCGCCUGUAUCGAAUGCAAGAUUACGCCGUACGGAAUGGUCCCGCUUGAUAUUGAUGGAUUGGAGAAUGCGGAUGAGUAUGUUAUGCAGUUAGUUAUCUGCGGUCCAGAGUUCCCCGUCGGCCCGAUCAUCUCGUUCGUUGACUCCGUCCGCAUGAUGUGUGAGCCUGUGAGUGGAUCCGCGCAGGUGCAUAUUACUGCUAUUGCGGUUCCGUAUGCGGUUUGUUGCCUUGCGUUUGAUAAAUAG